AUGAGUGAGGAGCGGCGUAUCAGCCACAGAUCGACGAAAGGAAAGGAACCCAGGCGAUAUGGAUUUUCUGGAAGUGAGCGCUCGAGUACUCGUGCCAGUCCUGGGAGCACUGAACUCGUAGAAUUGGAGAGAGCUCGAGUGGCCAGAAAAAGGGCAGAGGCCGAAGUGCGAGUGGCAGAAGAGAUUGCUGCACUGCAGGAACAAGUUCUGCAGAGUAAGUUAGCUGUCCUGCAGAAACGGCAAGCCUUGGAGCAAGCUCGUUCCGAAGAAGAAUCUGCGCACGAGUCGGCGGCAGGAGCUAGCCCGUCGCCUCGUAGAGAAAUUGCUUCGGACGGGGACGUGGUCUUCCAACGAAGUCGUGACGGCGCAAGUGCGACUCUGCGAUCUUGUAUGCCACCACGAGCGGAGUCGGACAGUGCAGUUACCGGUAGUAGGUUUACGACUGAUCCUCCGUUACCACUCGCGCGCACCAGUGUUGAAAAUGUGAAUACACUGGUAGCAGGAACAGCAGCUGCUCAGCUAUCGCAGAAUGUCCCGGACGUCGUUGACGGUGUGUCUGAAGAGUCAGACCACUAUGUGUCAUCCAGUAGCGCCUCAAGUAGUGACACUGCUGGUGACUCUACAACUACUGGAACUACAACUAACGCCGGCAGUAGUGGUGAAAGUGAUAACAGCCACACUGAUACUAGUACUGUUAGUCACUAUGGGCCUGCUUCCAGGCGUGUUGCUACACAUGCUCUGGCCAACGCAGGAGUUGUGUCCAGAGGCGGAGCUGCCUGCACUACCCAGCCAGUACAUAUGCAGCAGCAGCAGCAGCCGCCGUCACAGCAGCAGCAGCAGCCGCCGUCACAGCCGCCACGGCAGCAGCAGCUGCAGCAAGUCCAUGUGCUUGGUAGCGCCGUGCGUCCAAUGCUGCUGGAAGCAAGUGGACAGGCCCAGCCAAGCCCCGCUGCACCGAGAAGACUGAUGACUCCGAAGAAGAAAAAAUCGGAAAAACAACAGAAGAACAAGGACAAAGCCGAGCAAGCAGCUUCACUGUGCAGUGCCAUGACUGAGACACUCUCACUCAACCCUGGAGCAGUGCCGUUCCAACCAGCGAAGCAAACACUGUUGCCUGGACCUCAGCUGGCACUGCCUGGACACCAGAUGGCAUCGCCUGGAUUCAUGCCAUGGAACUCGCCUUAUGCUGUUACCAGUCACCUGAAGGCGUUAGAGCUCCCCAAGUUUGAUGGGAAGGUGAAAAGCUACCUGAAGUGGCGGCAGCGUUUCCUUCGGCUGAUUGACGACAGUUACGCGAUGUCGGAGAACCACAAGCUUGCGCAUCUGAGGGAGGCCCUUGCUGAUGGUUCUGCAGAAGAGCUGAUUGCUGAUGUCUUGGAUGGACCUGGCGCAUAUAAAGUAAUCAUGGCCGAGUUGGAACGCUGGUACGGUGGCCAAGACCGAGAGCUGAACAACCAGGAAAGAGAGCUCAUGGAGUGGCCAGUCUUGACCAAUGAGCGUGACGUCAGCCAGCUGAAAAAGUUCGCCAUUCGGCUCCGCAAUACCCUGCUUAACAUGGAAGCAGUCCAGGUGCAGCCAGGCAGAGAGUUAUACCUGGCGCUAACCCGGAAGAUUCCUCGACGGCUCCUGGCACGCUACUUCGAUCGUUAUGAUGAUUCCAGCUGUGACAUACAGGCAUUCUCGCAAUUCCUAAUAACACACGUCCAGAAGCAGAUGCGUGUUGAGGAACGAAUUGGCCUGGGAGACCGCCCACCAGUAUCACUGCAGCCCAAGGAGCACCAAAACAAGAGUAAUCGGCCGUUGCCCAGCAGGCAAUAUGGAGUCAGGGAGCGCGCGUUUAUCUCCAGUCCUGGGACUCCACGAUCAAGCGACUCGUCACAGCCUGGGCCGAAACGUAACUUGGUCGCUUCUAGCAGCCGCAGCAACUCCAGAAAAGAGCAAGCUGCCUCAGAGCAAAGACAGCAUGCAGACAACAGCCAUGCCUGUGGUAAGUGCGAGGGUGCACACCAUAUUGCAGAUUGUGGCGAAUUCAAGAGUCUGCCCGUGCAAAAGAGAAAUGACACGAUCCGGAACCUACGGCUAUGCGUCAACUGCCUGGGAAAUGGGCACUGGGCACGAGACUGCAUGGCAGCGGUGUGCCGAGAGUGUCAAGGCAAGCAUCAUCAUUUACUGCACCGUGAACGACAAGGCAGUUUUACACCAUCACCACCAACGCGAAAAGAGGCUAGCCACCAUGUGAACAGCGAAUCCCAGCCAGCCAAUGACGACGAGGCCGGCUUGACCUCAUUCAUGACGAUACCGGUGAGGGUCGCUAAUGGAACAGUGACUGCCACAGCCAACGUCCUUCUUGACUCUGGAUCAACAUGCAGCUUUGUCACAGAGAGGCUUGCACACCGACUACGGCUGCGAGGAGAGCGCAAGCCAGUGCAUGUUGGUGUGCUAGGCGGUCAAGUUCUCUCAGGCGAGCGAGAGGUGGUGUCUCUGUCCCUUCAUCAAUAUGACAGCCAGGAGAUAUCAGAAGUUGAGGCAUAUGUGCUGCCAAAGAUCACAAGCGACGUGCACGUUGCUGAUUGGAGCCGUCUGCGUCACCAGUGGCCACAUCUAGCAGACAUUGAUUUCCCUGCUGCAAGCAAUCAACGCGCCAUCGACAUCCUAAUCGGGCUAAAUUCAGCAGCACUGCACAGUGCACAGGAAGAACGGAUUGGCAAGGCAGGUGAGCCCAUUGCAAGGCGCACACCCUUGGGAUGGGUCUGUUUCGGUUCAGCCAUACAAGACAGCUCUGUCCAGCACACCCAUCAUGCCCUGGAACUAACACAGACAGGUCUCGACUCGCUUGUCCGUAACUUCUGGGACUUGGAAGCGGUCGGCAUGCAACCGUCUGCUGAGAGCUACCUGUCACCUGACGAACGCCAUGCUGAGGAAAUGACUCGACAGCAGCUAGGGUACGCAGAUGGUCGAUUCGUUGUCGGUAUUCCCUGGCAGAAUGGAGCGCGUCCUCGGAUCACGAGCAACCGAGUGCAGGCCGAGGAUCGGCUGCGUUCGCUACUGAGGUCUCUAGAGAGAAGACCAACCGUUCAGAUUCGCUAUGCAAAGGUGCUAGAGGAGUACCUACAGAAGGCGUACAUUCAGGAGCUGACAUCUGAUCAAGUCCAGCAAUGUGGCCGUGAGCAAUGGUUUCUGCCCCACUUCGCAGUAGUCCGCGAACACAAGGCUACAACUAAGGUCCGUGUUGUGUUUGAUGCUGCAGCUCGCUUCAACGGCACGUCCAUCAAUGAACACAUGUACGCUGGGCCGCGACUGCAGAAUGACCUCGUCACAGUACUGAUCCGGUUCUGCAUGCACCCCGUGGCACUGAUUGCUGAUGUGUCGGAGAUGUUCCUUCAGGUGUCACUACAGCCUGAAGAUCGCAGAUAUCACCGAUUUCUUUGGAAGACCGGGGACGGAGUCAAGGCCUAUGAGUUCACCAGGUUGGCGUUUGGCAUCCGUGCAUCGCCAUACCUAGCAGGCAGAGCUUUGUUGGAGACGGCCGAGCGUUUCGGAGCGAACUACGACCCAGCAGUCAGUGACACAGUUCGCAAGGCAUUCUACGUCGACGACAUGUUGAAGUCCUUGCCUGACGACCAGAAAGCAAUGCGUCUUCGGUCUCAGCUACAAGACCUCCUGAAGAAAGGCGGCUUCCAUCUCCGGAAGUGGUUGAGCAACAGUGAAGCAGUGAUGGAAUCAAUUCCACCGGAGCACCGCGCGCCGGCCACGUCUAAGUCCAUAACGGCACAAGAGUCGUCUGGACAGCCCUCACAAAAGGCACUGGGCGUAACGUGGAUGGUCAGCGAAGAUUAUUUCACGUUUCACUAUCAGGAACCCACAUCCGCUGCGUGCACGAAGCGCACCGUCCUCAGUCGCAUGGCAUCACUGUUUGACCCCAGAGGGCAACUAGCACCAUUCACCAUCAGGAGCAAGUUGUUGUUCCAGGAACUAUGUCUUGCGGGGCUCGGCUGGGACGACCCACUGCCUGAAGAGACGGCGGUAGCUUGGCAAGAAUGGUUUGCUGAGAUGCCUAAGCUAACACAGCUACGCAUUGAUCGCUGUUUUCAAGAUAGCACAACGUCGAUGGGUCUGAGUGUGCACACGUUCACCGACGCAUCAGAACGGGCCUACGCCGCUGCGUCAUACGUCCGAGCAGAGCGACCAGAUGGUACAGCGAAGGUUACCCUGGUGAUGGCCAAGGCAAGACCAGCACCGAUCAAGCGUCGAUCCAUUCCGAUGCUAGAGCUGCAGGGAGCGGUCCUGGGUGUGCGUCUUGGGACGUACGUUAGCGAAGCUCUUGGUGUGAGAGCAGCCGACAGCCACUACUGGAGCGAUUCCAUGAAUGUCCAAUAUUGGAUUCGAUCACCCAGCCGAAAGUUCAAGCUGGAAGUCGGCAACCGGAUAUCGGAGAUCCAACAGCAGUCUAUGGCACGGAACUGGCGUCAUGUUCCCGGAGUCAGAAAUCCAGCGGAUCUCCCCACCCGUGGGAUGACAGUCACACAGCUGGCAGAGGAGAGCAGGUGGUGGCAUGGACCAACGUUUCUGGCACAGCAACAGAGCGAAUGGCCAGAUCGCAGGAUAGCUGUGCCGAAGGAGCUACCACAAAUGCUCAAGACUCCUGAAAUCACGAUGACGGCAAUGAUGUCACCACCGUUGCGGCUAAGUCCAAACAACUAUUCCUCGUGGAGCCGUCUUGUGCGGGUCACGGCUUGGUGCAUGCGUGCCAUACACAAUCGCCGCAAGAGCCGACUGCCACAGCUAACGCUCAGCGACGCCCGUGUGAAGAUUGCAAUCAAGAACAGCAAGGAGGUUGCCGUGCCCGAGCUCUCACCAGCUGAGUUUGAAAGAGCGGAGCACUAUUGGAUCAUGCGUGCGCAAGAUGAGAGCUAUGGUGAAGUGACCAGCACGCUGAGAAAAGGGAAGGAGUUGCCAAGCAGUGCCCCUCUUCUCAAGUUGCAACCGCGCAUCGACGAACAGAGUGGAUACCCCGUAUUAAGAGUUAGUGGGAGACUGCGUACGGCUUACCACUUGGCAUCUGAGUUUCGAUCGCCAAUUAUUCUACCACCUCGACACCGAGUGACAGAGCUGAUCAUUCGGAGAGAGGAUGAGCGAUGCCGACACAGCAUUGGCACGAAUCACAUCCUGUCCAAUCUCGCCGAUCACUACUGGCUUGUGAAAGGCAAGCAAAUGGUGAAGUCACAUCGGCACCACUGCGUGGGAUGUCAGAAGGUGUGGCGCAAACCAGCCACUCCCAGGAUGGGUCCUCUCCCAGACCUCCGCACGCAAGGACCACUUCUGGCAUUCGCCCGCACCGCUGUGGACUUCGCCGGACCAUUUCUAGUGAAGAGAGGUCGAGGACGUACACAAGAGAAGAGGUAUGUGGCAGUGUUCACGUGUCUGCAAUCUCGAGCGUGUCACUUGGAGCUGGUUACCUCUCUCGACACGACUGGCUUCAAGAUGGCCCUGACGCGAUUCUGCAAGCGUCGCGGCACACCCGAGAUGUUGCUUACUGAUAAUGGAAGCAAUUUUGUUGCGACAGAGCGAGAGCUGAGGGAGGCAGUCGCCCAGCUUGACCAUGCCGACCUCGCAUCGGAGUAUGCAGGCCAAGGGAUUGAGUGGAAAUUCAAUCCGCCUCGUUCUCCUCAUUUCGGCGGCGUGUUCGAACGGAUCGUGCGCUCCAUGAAGCAAGUUCUCCAGACUGUGCUGUACAAGGCUGAUUUAACUGAAGAAGAGCUCCAGACAGUAUUGGUGCAGGCCGAGGCUCUCAUCAACUCGCGGCCAUUGACAACGCUUUCGGAGGAAAGUGAAGACCUGGAGCCGCCUUUGCAUUUCUUGGUUGGCCAUUCGAGAGUUGCAACAGCGUUGGAAGCAACCCCGGAGGGGGGUCUGCAUCGUCGCUGGCAGUUGCUUCAGGAUCUGAUGAAGCGCAUUUGGAAGAGGUGGCUCCGCGAGAUUGUUGCUCUAGCCAAUUUGGAGACGAAGUGGCACCGUGAUAGUGCAUCGGUUACAGUCGGCAAAAUCCUGAUGAUGCUGGACGAAUCGCUCCCAAGGACUCAGUGGCCGCUUGGUCGAGUGGUCGCUACGUAUCCUGGAAAAGACGGGAAGGUGCGCGUAGUGGACGUGAAGGUCAAAGGGAAGGUGUACAAGCGCAGCGUCCACCUCAUGGUGCCCCUAGAUGUGGAACCGUCAGCAGUCAAGGUGACUCUCCCAGCCUCUGCCGAAGUGCGGCUAAGUGAUCUCAAUGAGUGA